AGUCCACGCUCGUUUGUUGACAUUUAUUUAAAAACCAAGUUUAUGCUUCAUUAGUGGAUAUACAACUACUGUAACCAUGUCGAGACUCAUCGUCAAAAACCUUCCUAACGGGAUGAAGGAGGAGAGGUUCAGGUCGAUGUUUGCAGCCUUUGGCACCGUGACAGACUGCUCUCUGAAGUUUACCAAGGACGGCAAGUUCCGCAAGUUCGGCUUUGUGGGUUUCAAAGCGGAGGAGGACGCGACCAGAGCUCUGAAACAUUUAAACAAGAGCUUCGUGGACACAUCCAGAGUCACGGUGGAGAUGUGUAAAGCGUUUGGAGACCCCACUAAAGCAAAAGCCUGGAGUAAACACACUCAGAGCUCAGGCCAGGACAAAGCCUCCGCUCCUGCUGACACUCACAGCAAAGAGAAAAAGAAGAAACAGAAAAAGGAACUAAACAGCGGACUUGGAAAUCUGGAAGAGGACCAGGGCUUCAAGGAGUUUCUGUCAGUACAUCAGAAUCGAAGCCAAGUACCAACCUGGGCAAAUGACACUGCGCAGCAAGCGGCUGAUCCUGACAGUGGACAGACAAAAACUCAGAGCAAGAAGAAGCUUGCUUCAGAUGAUUACCUCAACUUUGAUUCAGACCAGUCCGAGGAUGAAGACGAGGAGGAAGAAAAUGAUGAAGAUCAAGAUGAAGGUGCCACUAAGGAAGCACUGAAGUCUGGCUUGUCAGAUAUGGAUUACCUGCGCUCAAAGGUGGCACAGACAAACGACACCAUGGUAGAGAGUGGGGAGGAGGAGGAGGAUGAUGGUGAAGGGGGUGAUGAUGAUGAUGAUGAUGAUGAGGACAAUGGUCCUGUGCAGCACACAGACAGCGCCUAUGAGAGUGGUGACAGAGAAAACAGCUCAAAGACGAAAAAUUCAGUUUCCUCUGAGGAUAACAAGCAGAGCAAAGCCAAGAAAACUGCCACGCAGGAGAUGGAGCCGACGACAGACUUCACAGUGAAGCUGAGAGGAGCCCCCUUCAAUGUUAAAGAGCAACAAAUUAAAGAGUUCAUGACCCCAUUGAGGCCCGCAGCAAUCAGGAUCGGAAAGAACGAAAGUGGAAAUAGAACAGGUUAUGUAUAUGUGGACUUGCGCUCUGAAGAGGAGGUGGAAAAGGCCCUGAAGAAGAACAAAGACUACAUAGGGGGGCGUUACAUUGAAGUCUUCCGUGUGGAUGUCUCUGGGGGUAAGGGCAAGAGGGACAGAAAGGACAAAGAAAUUGACAGAAACUUCACCAGGAAGCUCAAGGAGGACGAAGAGGAGGAAGAUAUUGCAGAGUCAGGUCGACUCUUCAUCAGAAACCUUCCUUACACCUGUUCCGAGGAAGAGAUCAAAGAGCUGUUUGCUAAACACGGUCCUUUAUCUGAGGUGCUCUUCCCUAUUGACAAUCUCACAAAGAAACCUAAAGGAUUCGCUUUUGUAACCUACAUGAUACCAGAGAAUGCUGUGACAGCUCUCGCUCAGUUGGACGGACAUAUAUUUCAGGGCAGAAUGCUUCACCUGCUUCCCUCCACCGUGAAGAAGGAAAAGACUGACUCCGCAGAUGCUGGUGGUCCUGGCUCUUCAUCUUACAAACGACAAAAAGAUGCCAAGAAUAAAGCUUCGAGCUCCAGUUCACACAACUGGAACACCCUGUUUCUUGGCACAAGUGCAGUGGCAGAUGCCAUUGCUGAAAAAUACAAUACCACUAAAAGCCAAGUUCUGGACCAUGAGUCCAAGGGAAGUGUUGCGGUGAGGAUGGCUCUGGGAGAGACGCAAAUCGUCCAAGAGACUCGACAGUUCCUAUUGGACAACGGAGUCUCUCUGGAUUCCUUUAGUCAGGCAGCAGCAGAGAGGAGUACAACUGUGAUCCUGGUGAAAAACCUUCCAGCUGGAGUGACGGUGUCGGAGCUGGAGGAGCUCUUCUCACCUCAUGGCUCUUUGGGUCGAGUGUUGCUGCCACCUUCAGGACUCACCGCCAUCAUCGAGUUCCUGGAGUCAACUGAAGCAAAACGAGCCUUCACAAGGCUGGCCUACAGCAAGUUCCAUCAUGUCCCGCUGUAUUUGGAGUGGGCACCUGUUGGGGUUUUUAUGGCAGCCAAACCAGAACCAGUGGACAAAGAGGAGGCAGCGAAAGAACAGAAGAAGGAGGAAGAGGAAGAAGAUGAGGAGGAGGAAGAGGAGGAAUCCGCUCCAGGUUCCACACUUUUCAUUAAGAAUCUUAAUUUCAGCACAACAGAGGAGAAACUACAGGAGACAUUCUCCAAAUGUGGCAAGAUCAAAUCCUGCACCAUCUCCAAGAAGAAAGAUAAAACAGGAAAGAUGUUGUCCAUGGGCUACGGUUUUGUCCAAUAUCAGACGCCAGAGGCAGCACAGAAGGCUCUGAGGCAGCUACAGCACUGUACUGUGGAUGAUCACAACUUAGAGCUGAAGAUUUCUGAGAGAGCCACAAGGACUACUGAGGCGUCACGCAAGAAGAAGCAAGUUGAGAAGAAGCAGACAGGAUCUAAGAUCCUUGUGCGCAAUGUUCCCUUCCAAGCCAGUGUCAGGGAAAUUCGAGAACUCUUCUGUACAUUCGGAGAGCUGAAAACAGUCCGCCUUCCAAAAAAAGCAGCUGGUUCAGGGAAUCAUAGAGGCUUUGGCUUUGUUGAUUUCCUCACCAAACAGGAUGCUAAGAAAGCCUUUGCUGCACUGUGCCACAGCACCCAUUUGUACGGGAGACGUCUUGUGCUGGAGUGGGCUGAUGCUGAGGAAACAGUGGAGACACUGAGGCGGAAAACAGCCGAACAUUUUCAUGUUGCCUCCAAAAAGCAGCGGAAGGCAGAGGUUUUGGAGGGAAUUAUGGAAAAGAUGGAAACUGAUGGGGGCGUGGAAGACUGAGGUCCCUCAACGCUCCUGUUGCUGUGAAGGCCUUGAUACAAUCCUGACCGCUCCCAUGAUUUUCCAUGUGAAUAGGACUGAGAAGAAAAUAUGGACCUGACCCAGAUGUGCAGAUGGAGCAAAUUAUGAUAAAUUUAUCACCUGAUUGGAGUUGUGUGAAAAACUUUGAAAACUUCUGUAUUCUUUACAUACAAGUUUUGUAUAGAAUGAUCAACCUCAACAUGAUGGGACUGAUAUCAGUUUUUAUAUAAAAUUUUAUUUCAUGAUAUAAAAGCUGUUAGCGUCACUUUAUGUCACACAUUGCGUCUG